AUGUUUCAAAAGAUCAUGGGUGCCGGGGGUAGUACGAUGUUGACUCCUGAAACAAGGGGUUUCUCGAAUGAGCGCAAUGUAUACUUCGGUACAGACUCAUUGAAGAAAUAUUUCGAUCCAGAUUGUCAGCCCCCUCUGCCACUAGUCGAACUACCAGAAUAUCUGAAUCCAUACUACCACGAUGGAGUGAGGAUAUACGCCAAAAUGAUGACUAUGCAUCCGGCCAACAAUGUUAAGGCCAUGCCCGGUAUGACACUGCUUAUUACCUUGAUAGAAGAACCUCACGUUGACGUAAAAGUAGCCUUGAAUAUGCUUGAAUCGAGUGUCACGCCAAAUAAAACAAACACUAUCAUCGAGUACAGCUCUGGGUCAACAGUAAUCUCGAUGUCAAUGAUUGCCCGCGUCAUGCACGGCGUACAGGAUACGCGAGCGUUCCUUAGCAACAAGACCAGCGACGCAAAGUUGAAGCUGAUGCAAUUCUUUGGAUUGAAUAUUACUCUCUUUGGGGGCCCAUCACAGCCAGAGCCAAUUGACCCUCGUGGGGGUAUUCAAAAUGCCCGCCGCAUGGCCCAAGAGUCGAGUGACAUCGUCAAUCCGAAUCAAUACGAAAACGACCACAAUUGGCAAUCACAUGUUCGGUGGACUGGUCCACAAAUCUUUCAGCAGUUGCCAGAGAUAAAUGUACUCUGUGCUGGUAUGGGGACCUCAGGAACUAUGACCGGACUGGGUACAUACUUUAAAGGGGUCAAACCAUCCGUGUUUCGACUCGGAGUUUGUACUGCUCCGGGAGACCGAGUGCCUGGGCCUCGUUCGUUCGCCCUGAUGCGACCCGUUGAGUUCCCCUGGAAAGAAGCUGUGGAUACUAUUGAGGAGGUUGGGUCCUCGGACUCGUAUACGUUGUCUUUGAAGCUGUGUCGCGAGGGGUUGGUAUGCGGUCCUUCUUCCGGAUUCAAUCUCCAAGGUCUGUUCCAGAUGCUAGCCAAGCACAAGGAUGCAGGAACCCUGUCCGAUCUGGCGGGGCCAGAUGGUGUAACGCACUGUGUCUUCCUAUGCUGUGAUUUGCCAUAUCAAUACAUCGGAGAAUACUUCCAGAAACUCAGCCCUGAGCAAUUUCCGCCCAUUCAGAACGAGCAACUAACCAAAGUCGAUCUUCAUAGAUACGAUGAGGCCUGGGAGCGUGAUGCCUUGGAAGUUCUCCCACACGUCUACGGCUCUUCACAGCCGCUGGAUCAGUGUUCAUUGAGCGAGAUCACCCUGCGGCCACAAAAGCGGGUGAUCGAUCUCCGUAAAUCCGAUGACUACCAAGCGUGGCAUCUCCCUGAAUCGAUCAAUCUACCGCUUGUUAGUGCUGGCCCGCACACUGCGUCACCGUUCUCGGAUCCGGCGGUGUUGGAGGCGCAAUGGGUGGAGCUGGAGCAGGUCUUCAGCACCGGACGCUUGGUCUCAGAUCUUGGUUCACAUCACGUUCUGGUGGUAUGUUACGAUGGAGAUACCGCACGUGUUGCUACGAGCGUGCUUCGGAGCAAUGGCCUCGAAGCGGAUAGUCUGCGUGGAGGUCAUCGCGCUCUCCAGAUGUAUCGCACCGGUAGUGAUCCUGCGCCUGCCCCCGCGGUUUCCAGUGCAAAGGUACCUAUUGCGGCGACAGUUUCUGUUGCAGCUGUUAACCCUUGA